AUGGGCGAGCGCUAUCAUCCCUCUGCUCCGAUGGAUCUCCUGGCUGCUCCUGAGCGCGGGUGUUCCGCGGUGAGCGAUCUCGCUCCCCGUCCGCUUCCUCCUGCACGUCCUGCCGCGAGCGUCCCUGUCGCUCCGAUGGCUGCCGCCGAUCAGAUUCGUCGCCGUUUCGAAGAUCAGCGGCCCGCGCCGGCGCCUGCGCGUGCGGAGUCCGUCGUGCGCUCCGACGCAGAGGCUGCGGCGCGCCGGGAACCCUCGGUCGCCUCGGAAGCCGCGAUCACCGCACUCACCACGUUCACCGCGCCGCGCGGCAUCGAGGAGCCGAUCUCCGGACCGCCGGUCGCGUCGUCACCGUUCGCCCGGUCGCCAAGCCACACACUAUCGAUCGCCUGCUCCGCACGUGUCUCGCCCGCGGUCCCCAUCUGCGCGUUCGCCGCGGCCGUCAAAGCGCCAGCGGCUCUACUCCUCGUCACGGGGGCCGAUCCCCUGUCCGCCAGCGCCAACGCGUCCCUUCUCGCCAGCAGUCGCCCGCUCACUCGAAUGCAAGUGGAUGUGGGCGUCGUGGGCAGCGGGGAGGGUAUGGACAACGCGGAGGCGUCAUCCCAUUCCGUGCCGCCGGCUGGCCCCGUCGUUCCUCUUGCUGCCCUCCUGCCGCACAACCCUGAGGGCUCCCUUGCGCGUCCUGGUCGUCCGCUGCCAGCAGGGGCUGGCUUCGUGGGCGCAGGUGGUGGGGAUCCCUGGGCCGCGUAUGCACCCCUGCGUCCUCGCUCCCCUCCACGUGAUCUCGCUGUGUCGUCCCGCCGAAUGCGCGCCGCUGUUGUCCUUCCGCCGAUGAAGGAAGUGCCCACGGUGACCCUGGCGCGCUUGUGGUCGCUAGCGGAGAGCCUGCAGAGCCUUGAGCUGAUACUCCUGGAGUCCCAUGGCUCCAUGGCGGUGACCCCACCGAGCACAUUCUCUCAGAUGCCACGAGCACGGUGUCAUGCGGCGGCGUCAGCGCUAUUCUCGUACGUAUCGCCACUGCAGGUUGCGCCCUCGCCGGGAGUAGUCGCGGCCACCCAGCUGGCCGAGAAGGCCCUGGAUCUGAAGACGCUUGUUGGAUCUCGCGGAACUCCUGUUGACGUUGUCGGCGCCACCGCGUCAGUGGUCCGCCUGAUGUGGUUGACCACGCGCGAAACGCUUGGUGAGCUUGAGGCCGACCGCAUGUACGCCCCUCUCGCGCGUGAGUAG